AUGAUUGUUCUCACUGGUACAACCGGAGGCAUAGGCAGCACGGCGCUGCAGACAAUUCUCGACCGCAAGCUUGUCCCAAUCUCAGACCUUUGCAUCUCGGCGUACAACACGGCCGGAAUACCAGCGCACAUCAAAGAAACCGGCAUCGCCAUCCGUACAGGCAACUUGUAUGAGCCGGAGACACUGGAAAAGUCUUACACAGGCGCAGAAGCCUUGUUCCUAGUGUCGUUUCCGUCCAUGGGCGAGGAGCGCUUUACGCUUCACAAGAACGCCAUCGACGCCGCCAAGGCCGUCGGCAUCCGCCACAUCAUCUACACGUCCCUGUCCUUUGGCGGCGGCGGCAGCAACGACCAAAAACCAAGGACGAGCAUCGCUCAGGUCGCGCAGGCGCAUAUCCGCACCGAGGCUUAUAUCGGGGAAUCGGGGCUUACUUACACCAUCAUCCGCAUGGCGACGUACGCGCAUCUCUGGAACAACUACGCCGGCUUUCUCAACUUGUCUGCUAGCAACAUCAAUGAUGCAACAGCAGCGGCUCCGUUGCAGGCUGUGUUGCCUGGCGACGGUCCUGCGCACUGGGCCAACCGUGCCGAUCUCGGCGAAGCGACGGGCAUCAUCAUUGCCAACUGGAAAAGGUACAUCAACAGGGUCAUCACUCUGACCGGACCUGAGCUGAUUUCUGGCGCCGACUUUGUCACCAAGUUUGUCAAGCAUACCGGUAGGCCUGUUGACCUUCGCAUCGUUCCGGCGCAAGAGGCCAUAGCAUGGCACAUCGGGAACGGUAGCGUGCCACCGGAGCAAUCCAGCUUUUUGGACAACUGGGCCAGCUGGCACGCAGCUAUUGCCAAAGGCGAGAAGGCCUAUCUUGAUCCUACUCUGGAAGAACUCCUCGGCCGUAAGCCAAAGACGGUCGAUGACCAGGCAGACGAAAUCUUUGGUGCUGGUAAUGCGCUUGACACCAAAGACCUCGUUGGUAUCUGA